AUGGAUCCAUUAUUUCAGGCAAUUAGUUUAUUUCAUCGUCGUCAAUAUGAAUCAUGUGUUGAAAUAACAACUCGUGUAUUGGAAAAAAAUCCUAAUGAUCAAGUAGCAUGGUUAUUGAAAAUGCGUGCAUUAACAGAACAAUUAUAUGUUGAUGAAACUGAAGUAGCUGAUGAAGGUCUUGCUGAUAUGUUAGAUGAAAAUGCAUUUCAUCAAACACCUAUGCCUGGUACAUCAAUAAGACAAGCAACAGCUAAUCCAAAUACAGGAUUAAAUGGACCAAGUCCAGCAAUGAGACCAAUGACUAUGUCUGGUCGACCAAUAACUGGUAUGCUUCGAUUGAAUACACAAUCGACACAAACUGGUAAAACUAUGGAAAAUGUAUUAAAAACUGCUCGUACAGCAGCUACAUCAAGACCAGUUACAACAGCUACAGGUCGUUUUGUUCGACUUGGAACAGUGAGUAAUUAA